GAGAAAACAUGAAUGGAAGAAAAUUGCUUGAUGUAUGGAUACCGAGUAGGAAAACAUUUCCAGUUAGGAUGAAUGAAACUGUUGUAUUACUGUUGAUGUAUAUUUGAAUAUCGAAUUUAGCACGUUCCUUUUUCUCAAUUGUUUCACACACCGAAAUUCAUUCAGCACGUGAGCUUUGUUUCACAAGAUUCUAUUUCCGUUGAAACUGGGACACCCGUUAUAAUGAAAACAGAUCGAUACAAUACGUUGGCACCGUCGCGUUACGUCAGUUCCCCAAGAUCUAGUUGCAGCAACCCGACAAUGUUUUCCUUUUUCCCUGGCCAUCUGCGAUCUCAGGCUGGGUCACUGACCUAAUUACACGCUACGCCAUCUGAUGGUUUCAGCGUGAAAUUCGUGUACGGGAUUUUCUAUUCUCUUGGUGCAUGUUUUCAUGAAAAAAAGACUCAAUGUCUGCAUUUUGGUGAAGGUGGUGUAGAAUGGCGAGUAAAUCGGCACGGAGUGUGAAAUAUUUGGGCAGGACGUCCCCUGUACCUGAAGAAUCGUCAGAAAGUGAAGGUGAAACUGGUGAAAGUGUUCAGGCAACGUUUCAUAGACGAAGACUUUCUACACACCGAGAGAUUAGACGGCUGGCUACUAUCAAGGAGGGUUAUCUGUUGAAGCAGACAUCUUCAUUCCAAAGAUGGGGAAGGAGAUACUUCAAGCUCAAAGGGCGAAGUUUAUAUUAUGCCAAAGAUUCCAAGGCUGUGAUUUUCGAUGAAAUCGAACUCACCGACCUGUGCCUAGCUGAGUGUUCAACUAAAAACGUCAAUCAUAGUUUUCAGGUGAUUACACCUUACAGAUCCCUGGUUUUAUGCGCUGAUUCUCGUCGUGAGAUGGAGGAAUGGCUUGCAGCUUUCAGCACAGCCUCUCAGACACAGGAUCAAACUGACUUACUUUCUGGAAGACACCACUGGUAUGCAACUUCGCACGCCCGCCCUAUCUACUGCAACGUUUGCAGGGAGGCUCUUGGGGGUGUGACAAGCCACGGGCUUUCUUGUGAGUUGUGCAAAUGUAAAGUUCAUAAAAAAUGUGCGUCGAAAGCUUUGAACAACUGCAAAUGGACCACCCUAGCGUCCGUUGGAAAGGACAUCAUAGAGGACGAAGACGGGAACAUCACGAUGCCUCAUCAAUGGAUGGAGGGUAAUCUUCCAGUUUCUGCCAAAUGCCAAAUAUGUGAUAAAACGUGUGGAUCAGUUUUAAGGUUACAAGACUGGCGAUGUCUUUGGUGCCGAACAACCGUUCAUACACAAUGCAGGCCUUCGUUACCUGCGGCAUGUCCCCUAGGGCCUGCCAGAGUAAGCGUGGUGCCUCCUACAGCUUUGCAUUCGAUACAGGAUGAAUCUUGGGAGGCUGUCAGACCGCAGGCUUCCUCUCCCCUUCUCGUUUUCGUCAAUUCUAAAUCGGGGGAUAACCAAGGCGUGAAAUUCCUUCGAAGAUUCAAGCAGUUACUGAAUCCCGCACAAGUAUUUGAUCUCAUAUCAACUGGACCAAGACUUGGCCUGACACUUUUCAGACCUUUCGAUCCAUUCCGUAUUUUAGUUUGUAGUGGCGAUGGCUCUGUUGGCUGGGUGCUCUCUGAAAUCGAUAAAUUAGAUAUGCAUAAACAAUGUCAAGUGGCUGUGCUUCCCCUUGGUACAGGCAACGACUUGGCCAGGGUGCUGGGUUGGGGUUCAUCCUGCGACGACGACGCCCAUCUUCCACAACUUCUCGAGAGAUACGAGAAAGCGAGUACGAAAAUGUUAGAUCGCUGGAGCAUUCUGGCGUACGAACGCACCAUAGCGAUGCCUAAAUUAUCCCUAAUUCCGGGGCAAAUAGAGGACCAACUCCACACCCAAAUUAGUCAGUACGAGGAGAAUUUGUUGAUUUACAUUCAAAAUAUUCUUCAGUCUGACGAAACAACUGUGAUCGUUAAUUCCGCGAAAAGACUAUGUGAGACUGUGAGAGGAUUCAUCGGCCAGGUGAACGACAGCCCCCUGACGAAGGGGGAUGAAACUUUGAAUUUGAAGUGCGAAGCUCUGCAACAAAAGCUGGUUCUGCUCUUGCAAAAUCUUACUUGUGGGCAGAUAGAUUUUACGACAGUAGGUGCUGAGGACUUGAGCAAAUCCAAGGAUGAUACCGACAGCGAAAUUUCCUUCGAUAAAGCGAGAACGGAAAAGUCAGAGAAGGACCUCAGCAAUACCAACUUCAGAAAACAUCGAAGGACUUCUAGGUUCGUUGAAAGAGAGAAAGAUGCCUUAAUAAAUCGAGCUAACAGCUUAAAAAAAGCCAUACGAAACUUAGUAGAAUCCACAGAAAAAGUAGUUAGUGAACAGACUUCUAAAAAUUUGAAACCUUCUUCUAGUGAGGAGUUCGAUAGGCAAAGCGUUAGAAUGGAUCAACUCAAGGUGACGCCAAUUUUGGAAUCAGGAUCCAGUAGUGACGUCAGUUCGUGUCCUUCGCCCACUAGCUCUAUUGUAACAGCUCGAUUAGCGAGCUUAUCUCCAAUGCCAGAGGUGAGGAGGGAUUCCACCCCCUUGACGGAAACCGAUCUGUACACACUGCCAGUUCCGCCCGAUUUCGCAGACAGUAGACGGGCCAGCCAAAUAAAAGCAGCUUUAGAGAGCUGCGCUUUAACGGACAACAUCCUCACAGGAGCGUGCUCUUCUCUGAAAGCUAUGGAAGUGAUGCAACAACAAAGAAGAUUAUCGGAAAUACCCAAAGCAACGGAGAAAAGAUGCAGUCUGCCAAGUGUUGAAGUACAAAAAUCUGAAAAGGAAAGUGAUAAAAACCAGGAAGACAGCAGCUUGAUGUCGACGAUUUCUAACGAAGAAGCGAGUAUAACGUCAGAAAUCUUGGAUCAAAAAUCAUUUUGUCCAAGAAAAGAUAGCGACGGGGAAGAUCUGAAUGGGCAUAUAGGGCAUAUUGACUCUCCAGAAACAGAUACUUUUCCAAACUCGGAUCCUCUCCUCGGCGAAUCAAUCAUGGACGACAUCAGUUCAAUGCUUGGCGAAGUUAUGUAUGGCUAUGACCAGGAAAGCAUGGAGAACACGGCAACAGAUGACACCUCCCUUUUCGCUUCAGAAAAAAGACGAAGCCUUAAGCGCGAUUCGUUGGAGCGUCACAGGAAGUCGUCAAAACCGAAAAUCGAAGAGGAGGAGCCAGUUCAGUUCGGAUUCGAGAACAGAGCCUUCAUGACUUAUCCAGAACCGAAGAAAUACUGCAGCCUUGCAAGGUUCAACGAGGGGAACGACAUAGAUAGAAGAUCCUUCAAGAGACCGAAGACUGGUAGGAGAAAGAGCGAGAGCGCUAAGGAUUAUAAACAGGAAGUGUUAUGUGAAGAGACUGAGGCGGAGAAUGCGACCGGGUCUUAUGGUACUUUGAAUAAAAUGGAGAAGGAAUUGUCUAAUUUGUCGAACAAAACGUUAUUAGCUAUGGAAGCUGAGAAGCGCCACCUGGAGAACGAAGGCAAAUUCCCACAAAUAAACGUUAUAGUAGAGCCUCCAUCUCCAAUCCUGACCGAUGCCAUCCGGAAUGAAAGGCUAGAGAAAUUGAGGGUCGAAAUUGAAGUAACCGAAUGCGAAGAAGAGAACGAAUUGAAGAGCUUACAGGCAAGAUUGGAGAAGUUAUCCGCCAGUGAUCUCACAAGUAACGCUAGCUCAAACUCCAAUCUUCUAGCCAUCGAUAACGAAACCUUCAUGAUGAGAUCACCGGCUGCUACCAGAAGAAUUUCUUGUUGCAGUAUACUCAACCCUACAGAUGCAGCAAUAUUAGCCGCCGCUGCGGCCACAACAAAGUUUUUAGAUGAGAAAAAAGAAACGAAGAAGGAAGAAAAACAGAACCGAAGAAUGCCUAUUAUUAAUCCGUUGGUACAACUGCCUUCUUGGCCAAACGUCAGCUCUGGUAGUGGGUUCAUCAGUAAAUGCCUGUUAGCCAAUGCAGAUACCCUGUGUGCAGCAGUCAGCCCACUCAUAGAUCCCGAUGACUCCUUCAAAGAUGGCUACUAUGAGAAAGCCGUCAUGAAUAAUUACUUCGGCAUUGGAAUCGAUGCGAAAAUAUCCCUAGACUUCCAUCACAAAAGAGAGGAACAUCCAGAAAAGUGUAGAUCUAGAGCUAAGAAUUACAUGUGGUAUGGUGUACUAGGCAGUAAACAAUUCCUACAAAAGACAUAUAAAAAUUUAGAUCAGAGAAUUCAAAUCGAAUGUGACGGACAACGGAUACCUCUUCCCAGUCUUCAAGGAAUUGUUAUAUUGAAUAUUCCAAGUUUUAUGGGCGGAAUAAACUUCUGGGGUGGUACUAAAGAAGAUGAAUUAUUUUUGGCGCCUUCUUUCGACGACAAGAUACUUGAAGUUGUAGCAGUUUUCGGCUCAGUUCAAAUGGCUGCCUCUAGACUGAUCAAUUUACAACGACACAGGAUUGCUCAAUGCCACAGCGUUCAGAUAAACAUAUUGGGUGACGAAGGAGUUCCGAUUCAAGUAGAUGGAGAGGCUUGGGUCCAGCCCCCCGGUGUUCUGCGCAUCAUCCAUAAAAAUAGAAUGCAAAUGCUUUGCAGAAACAGAAGUCUGGAAAACUCUUUGAAAUCAUGGGAAGAGAAACAAAGACAAAGUAUUGCUGGUCAGGGAAAGACUCCAAGAUCUUCGAUAUCACAUGACAAAUCUAGGAGUAGCUUGACAAGACAGAGUAUGCCAAGUCAAGACAAAUCUUUCCUUGGAGUCAACAUCGAGAAGAUCAGGCAACAUUCCUUCAGUGGUGCGGUACCCACUCACCAGGAGAAGAGACAUACUGUUACAUUCUUGGAUAAACCAAUAUCACCGCCGGAGCCCGAUGUUUCAUUCUCCGAAGAAGAGCAUCAACUCCUAAUCGCCUUCAUCGAAUGCGCUACUACUUUAACUAAAUGGAUUAAAAUACUAGCUAUCAGUCAUUCCUUAGAAGCCGACUUGUACACACUAGCAAACAAUGUAGACCAGUGUCUAGAGAAUAUUCAUCCCAAUGGAAAACUUCUUGAAGGGCCGACAUUGAGAUUGAAAUUCACGGAACUGGUCAACGCUGUAAAGCAAUUGUAUGAGGAUAGUUGCUGCCUUCUUCAUGACAGGGGAGAUAAACUGAAGUUGAGAGAAGAUAUGGAGAGUAAAUUGAGCGUUAGUUUGGCUAACACCGAACUCGAAUUACGUAAAUGCAUGAUGAUGGACCACAAACUUCAAGGAAGCUUGGUAUAUUUGCAACCACUUCAAGAAGACAUUUCUGAGCAUAAGCGAAAAGGCCUUUUCUGGUUGAAGUUUAAAGGAAAAGGUCACUCCACGCAUUCAAAGCCUGGAAGGGAAGUUGCAGAUACCUGGGGGACUCAAGAAGUAGCUACCUGGCUCGAAACUCUUCAGCUUUCCGAGUACAUUGAUAGUUUCAUCAAAAAUGAUAUAAGAGGAAGGGAACUCUUAACUUUAGCCAGAAGGGAUCUCAAAGAACUUGGGGUUACGAAGGUUGGUCAUGUCAAACGUAUUCUGCAGGCCAUCAAAGAUUUAUCAUCACAAGGGGCUUGAAUCAACUCAACCUGAAAGUUCUAUCACCUUCCACCUACCAGUAUCUUCUACGGGUAAUACAUAAACUAAUAAUACUAUUGAUAUUUUGAAGGAUGUUGAAGAAUGAGAAUUUUUACUCACAGACUCUAUUCUGGAUAAAAAAAUUUAAAGUUUCAGAAAAUAUUGAAACAUUUUAGGCAUUAAUGAUAUGCUGGAAAUAUAAUUUCGGAUUAUUAAAUAUUGACCUUAAAAAAAAACUUCUUGUGUUCAAAUGGGGUUUUCAUACAACAGUUUUGUUUUCAACUUUUUCUUUAAUCAUAUUAUGAUCUAAUAAAUCAUAUCUUCCUGAUUACCAUUGCCAUCAAAAUCCUUUCCUUAACUAAAACUUUGUCUUCCAAAUUUCAUCAAUUAUUUCAAAAUUUGAUAUUUUUGCGUUCAAUUUCAUUGAAUUUAUAUGCACAAAAUGUGAGAGCAAUGACCAAAUGCAAUACAUAAACCUCAUAGCCCUUUGGCUUGGAGUUUUGGGAGUAAUAUCGGCAAUUAGUUUAUGUAUUAUAUUAGUAAACGACCACUUAAUAAUAAUAGUUUGUGUUAGAUAACACAGAAUCACUGUGAUUUUCAAAUUAAAUAAAAGUAUGGUUAGUUGUUUAAUAUAAAUAUAUACAAUGAAAUAUAUCUGAUAUGAUCUAAUAUACACUUUGUAUUGUAUUCCUCAAUUUCAUAAUCUGAGCUUUAUAGUUUCACUGUGUCUCAACCAAGAAGUCCAAAAGUUGCAGAGCUCUUACUGAUUUUAAUUUUGCACCCGGAACCUAUUGGUUUUUGUUCAAAUAAUUUUAGGGAUAGUUUAUUGUAUAUUCGCAAUAUCACAAAUAUAUUUAUUAAUAAUGAAAAUGGACUAGUAGGAAAUCUAAAUUUAGAAGUUCCAUCCCAUUUUCAUUAUUAAUAUAGUACUUGUCCUUCUCUCAGGACGCUAAACUUACAUUUUUAUUUAUUAAUUAUAUAAUUAUUCAAAAGUGCUUAGAGUUUGAACUCCAUAUUUUUCAAAUGAUUGUACAUAUUUCAUGACGAAGUCUGCCCAUAUUCUCUUUAUAUUUCCUGAACAUUCCUAUUGUUGUAUAUAAUUUAUAAAUAAUUCCUUAAUUCUUUUGUAUAGUUAUUUAUCAUUAGUAACGACUUUUAUUCUGCUUCGCAAUUUCUGGACAUUUAAAUGAAUGAAUUUCCAAAACAAUCUACAAAACUAAUAUUCUAAAAUUGAAAGCAAUUGUCUUAUUCCUAGCAAUACUACAGAUUUAUAUCAAAGCUUCUAGAAAAUUCAAUAAUCCUUUAUUCGAAAAUGAACAAUUUUCUGCAAUUUUCCGAAGUGUUUAAUGGACUUCAUCCACUCUUCAAGCUUUUGGGAGUGAAAUAGUUCAACAAAUCAGAAGAAAUAAUAAUAUUUUCUUCUGCUCUAAAAUAAUUGUGGUAGUCAUAUUGUUGAACGCAUAUCCAACUAUUUUAUAGGAAUUUAUGAUAUGUAAUCGUUUUACAAUGAUUACGGAAAUUGUUGAAUGUUACCAUUGAGUAUUGAACCACCGGCUGGUGGUUUGAUACUCAGUGAUGUAACUUUACAUCUUGAUAUAUUGACUCCAGUGCAUUAAAAAGUAAUGACGUGGUCCUAUGAAAUUGUUGAAAGUAUGAAUAUUGUUUCAAUUAGGUUUUAGUAUGAUGUCCUUAGUGUCCUGUACUGUUCCUAAUUAUAUUUUUAUUUGGAAUAACUGAAUUUGUUUUUUUCACCUUUCAAACAUUAUGCAUAUAUAUAUAUAUAUAGGUAUACAUAUUUUGAAUUCUGCAAAAUACUUUUCCUUUGUCUAAAAACAGAAAUGAACGAUAAAAAACGAAUAAUGUACAAUAUUCCUUUCAUGUAAUAAUAAUGAAAUAUGAAUCGAAAAUUGAGCGUCAAACAAUCAUUGCAGUUUAGUCAACUAGUCAAUGAGUACACCAACAUAAUCCAAAUUUGAUGUUUUGUGUUGUGACCAUCGAUUGCUAAGUAACGUUAACUUAAAAUAUGUAUGGCCAAUAAAGGAUAUAAAUCCUAAAUUCGUCAAUUCACAAAAAAAAAGAAUGAAACUUACGUGGAGAUAUUGAAAAAACUUUUUUUAUAUCCACAAUUUUAUAACAACUUUCAGAAUCAUGGGUCCCAAGAGAAGAGGAUACGAAAUUUCCAGCACUAAAUUUUACUUAUUGACUAAUUGAUACCGAUUCUCCACAUAUACAGUUGUUACUCAUCUUCAAAUAACGAUUUACAAUAUUUUUUUGGAACAAAUAAUUUCACCGAUUCAUUUUUUACAAAGACAGAUUAUUAUAAUCUAAUUUACGUUUUCUAUCUGAAGGAUUUGAGCCUGUAAUAAAGCAUAUAUGUUCGUCUAUACUUAUAAUUUUCUACAUUGUUGAAAUCGUUUUCUAAAUGCUUGACAAUAUAGGUAAAUAUUCUUUAAAAACUUCAAGGUGUUAUAAAUGUUUCCUUUAGAUUUAUUUUAAACCUUUAAAUAUUUAUUAGAAAAUAUUCCACUACUGUUGGCAUUAGAUUUGAAAAAAUGAAACACUGCGCAUAAGCAUAUUCGUGAUAUAAAACAAGGAUACUAAAAAUAAUAUAAAUUCUCAAGCAUUUAGAAUAGGUAUUACCUGAGAUAAUCAUACGAUAUUGCCUUUCCAUAUAGAAUAAGGUCACAAAUACUUGUGAAGUGAAAUGAUUGAAAAUCGAAGUUUCUUCUUAAAUGAAAAUAUCACCUUAUAGUGUUUAGUAAAAAAUGAUGCAUGCAACUGCCAUAUUGUUGAAUAUAAGUGAAUUAAAAAUACAUUAGUUCUGUCUUUUACUUGAUCUGAAUUCUUCAAUGUCACUUCUGAUAUAUUGGAAGAGCUUAAUUGAAGUUGUUCAAGAUUGGAGAGUCUACUCACUUACAUAUAUCCAUAGAUUAAUCUAUGCAUAUAUCAAUCUUGCAAAUCCACCUUUUUUUUCAUGAUAUGACGAAAUGGAUCUUUCCCAAUGCAGUUUGAUUGAUUAAUGUACUUUUGACACCUUUUUCGCAACAUACAUUUUUAUAUAUUCAAUAAAUGUAAAACGAAAUUUACUUCAUUAUAUUCAUCGUUCAAUUACUUGAAUAUGUUUGUCCUUUGUGAUUUGAAGAAAAAAAGAUUUCAAGUCUAAAAGUG